AUGGCUUCGGCGGCGUAUUUUAAUGGUCCAAACUCUGGAGCUCAAAUAGGCCACAAUAGUGGCCAGAUCACCAAUAAUAUAUAUCUGCCCCAAGGACAGUCAGAGACAUCAGCAGACCAGAAUUGUCUACGGGACCUACAAACGACCAACCCGCGCGAUGAUAAAACUCGCAUUGAGAAAGCUAAGGGGGGACUCCUCAAAGAUUCGUAUCUCUGGGUGCUGCAGAACAAUGAUUUCCAAAAGUGGCGCCUGGACGAGGAGGUCCAUCUUCUCUGGGUUCAGGGUGAUCCCGGAAAAGGAAAGACUAUGCUCCUCUGUGGCAUUAUCGAUGAGUUAAAAAGCUCGAUUGACGACACCGCGGUGAAUGUGUCGUUCUUCUUCUGCCAGGCAACUGAUGAGCGCAUCAAUAAUGCCAUUGCGGUUCUGCGCGGCUUGAUCUUCAUGCUUGCUUGCGAGCAGCCUUCUGUUAUCCACCAUAUACGAAGACGGUACGACCAGACAGGAAAGCAACUGUUCGAGGAUGCAAAUGCGUGGCAGGCUUUGUCAGGUAUAUUGUCAGACAUUCUGGAGGACUCGACUCUGAAAGAUACCUAUUUCAUCAUCGAUGCACUGGAUGAAUGUACCGGAGAGCUUUCUUUCCUCCUUGAUCUCAUAGCCGAGGCAUCGUCUUCUGGUAACCAACGCGUGAAGUGGAUUGUCUCUAGUCGAAACUGGCCGAUCAUCGAGGAAUAUUUUGAGGUCGCAACUCAAAAAGCAAGACUUUCGCUGGAAUUAAAUGCAACCUCUAUUUCUGAGGCCGUUGCUAUCUACAUUCAGUUUAAGGUUCAGCAAUUGGCAGAGAAAAAGAGGUAUAAGCCUGCCGUGCGAGACAUAGUCGCUAGUCAUCUUAUGUUGAACUCCCAAGACACCUUUCUUUGGGUAGCAUUGGUGUAUGAAGAGCUUGCCAAGGCCAGACCUUGGAACACUCCGAAGCUACUGACUUCCUUUCCGCCCGGACUUGAUUCCCUCUAUAGGCGAAUGCUGCAACAGAUUCGGGACUCCGAGGAUGCGGAACUUUGCAACAGAAUACUCGGUGUGGCUUCAACUGUCUACCGGCCUAUCACAUUGAAUGAACUAGUGGCCUUGGUCGAUAUGCCUGACGGGAUCUCGACAGAUGACGACGACUUCCCACUGGACGACUUUCUCUCGGACAUUAUAAGACUGUGUGGCUCAUUCCUCACAUUGCGCGAGAACACCGUCUUCUUUGUUCAUCAAUCCGCAAAGGAUUUCCUGACUACUAAGGCCCUGGAUGAAGUCUUUCCAAGAGGUGUACCCGCGGAGCACCACGAAAUCUUUUCCCGCUCCAUACAUAUCAUGUCUAGGUCACUUCGCCAUAAUAUAUACGACAUCACAUUCCCAGGGCUGCAAAUCGACCAAGUCACACACCCUAGUCCAGACCCAUUGGCAGUAGCACAUUACGCUUGUCUUUAUUGGGCUCAUCAUCUUCAAGAUGGAUAUUGCAGUGAGAGCGCAGAUAUUGAGCCCCACCAUCUCCAGUCCGUGGAUACCUUUCUACAGCACAAAUACCUCCACUGGAUUGAAGCACUUUGUCUGAUAAGAAACGUUCCAAGAGGCAUAGAGGCAAUGCUUAAGCUUGAGGGUUUAUUUAAGGAAAACCAGAAAUCAUCAACCGUCUUUCGACGAGUCCACGAUGCUUCUCGAUUUAUCCGAUACCACAAGGUCGGAAUUGAGAGUGGCCCGUUGCAGGUAUACAGUUCAUCUCUGAUAUUCAGCCCAGCCCAAAGCAUGACCAAGCUUUGCUACCAAAAGGAGAGGGUAGACUGGAUUAUUCACGGGCCAUCAAUCGAAGAUUACUGGAGUGCAUGCAUUCAAACGCUUGAAGGUCAUGAUUUGGACGUCCCUUGUAUUGCUUGGUCCCAAGAUGGCCGGCGCCUUGCAUCAGCAUCAGAAGAUAAAACUGCGAGAAUCUGGGACUCAACCACAGGACAGUGUAUAUCGGUUCUUCGAGGACACGAAGAUAAACUGAACUGUAUUACCUGGAUACAACAUGAUGAGCGACUCGCCUCGGCAUCAAACGAUAAGACUAUCCGAAUUUGGAACCCAGUCACCAGCCAAUGCAUAUCAACUCUCCGCGGACAUGACGAUCAAAUACGUACGAUUGCCUGGUCACCAGACUUUAUGCAACUUGCAUCAGGAUCGUUUGAUAAAACAGUUAGAGUUUGGGACCCAAACACCGGAAAGUGCUUAACUAUUCUUGAGGGGCAUCGAAAUAACGUUAGUUCGGUGACUUGGUUGCCGCCUAGUAGGCGACUCGCCUCAGUGUCAGAAAAUAGUGUCCGAAUAUGGGAUACAGUCAGCUGUCAAUGUAUUUUCGAUCUCCACCACAGAAGUACGGUGUGGUCCAUUUCCUGGUCUAGAGACGUGAGCCGACUCGCUUCAGCAUCAAACGAUGAAACUGUGAGAGUCUGGGACCCAAGCAAUGGGGCUUGUCUGUCAAUUCUGAGCGGACAACAUGACGGUUCUGUUCGUCCAACUGUCUGGUCUCCAGACGGAAACCGACUGGCAUCAGCUGGCAAGACAAUCAAAAUCUGGGACCUGAUCACUGGAACCUGUGUAUCGGGGGUUGAGAAACAUGAUGACAACAUUGUGUCAAUGGCCUGGUCACCGGAUGGACGUCGACUUGCGACAAGGUCAGGAAGUAUGGAUGAUAACACAGUUCGAAUUUGGGAUACAGCCACUGGAGAUUGUUUGUCGUUUUUUGAGUUACAUCGUUCAGGUGGAUCUUCACUUGCCUGGUCUCUGGAUGGAAGACAUAUCGCAUUAGCUGGAAGGGCAAUUCGAAUCUGGGAUCCAAGCAUCAAAAUACCCAGAUCAACGUUUCAAAAGUUCGACGGGCUCAUGGAGGGAACCUCCGGGGGAACCUUCUCCUGGUCGCCAAAUGGAGCCUGGCUUGCAUCGUCGGAAUACUUUGAUGGGUUAAGGAUCUGGGAUCCCAUAAUCAGCUGCGCAUCAAUGCUCCUCGAUACCCUUCAUGUUACGUCAAUUGGCUGGUCUUCAAUUGGCUGGUCUCAUGAUAGCCAGCAGCUCGCAUCCGGGUCAUACAGUGGAGAAGUGUGGAUCUGGGACCCAGUCACUAGAGAACGCAUAUCAACCCUCGAGGGCCAUGACAGACCAGUUUUUCACUUGCGCUGGUCGCGGGACGGAAGACUAGCGUCAGGGGCAGAUGACCAUACAAUCAGAAUCUGGAACCCGGAGACCAGACAAUGCACAGCAGACCUUGGUGAGGGUGAUGGUGAACUGCUAUCUAUUUCCUGGUCUCUGGAUGGACGUUGGCUCGCAUCAAUGAGCCACAGGCAUGGGGAUGAAGGUCUCAAAUUCUGGGACCUGGCCAUCACGGUUCGGGAUUCAGCCACUGGACAAUACAUCUCCUCGAUUGAGGCUCAAUUGCCUGUGGUGCAAUCUUUCGAUGAAUUGUCUGCUAGUGGAGAUCUGCCCACAUUUCUAGAAUUCGAUAAAGACACGCCGAAUCGCCUGCAUACUCUCGCUGGCACAUUCGAUUUGAUCAAUGACAUGCUCAUUUCGACCUCCACUCUCAAUCUACCCCCUAUCAUGGAACGGCAAAUUGGAUAUGCCCUGAGUGACGACAGCGCCUGGAUAACAUAUCGAGGGGAAAGGCUCAUAUGGCUUCCCUCAGAGUAUCGCCCGGCCGUUCCAUCUUUAUUUGCUACAUACGAGAUAGGGGCGGGAGUUCGUGUGGGAAUACUCUGUCGGUCAGGUCGUGUCAUAACUUUGACGCUCUCUCAAGACAUUGCCAUAUAA